AUGGCGAGCUCUUCCUUCUCGUUGACUGGAAGCCCUUCUGGGUCUGGGAAGGAGUAUAUCAGAAUCAAGCAAGGGGAUAGCUUACCUCUCGCUGGAACCGCGAGGAGCCGACUUUGGGAAGUUGGAGAAAUAUUGAGCGAGAGAAAGAGUGCUCAUGAUGGAGUGGGUUCAAGGGAAGUACGAUGGGCAGAAACCCUGAACACCCUCAGCGGCAAAGCAAAAUUCCAGCACUGUGAUAAGUUACAUUGGUGGAAACAUAUCGGCGGUUGGGUCCUUGGGUACGAGCGAAUGAGCCUUUGUCUACAGAAAUUAUCCCCACCAAACCGCAUCAACGCUUUAGUAUAUGCGUUACACAAUAUGCAAGCUCCAACAUCUCUCUGUUCUGCUGAAACGAAUGGAUCUGGAGAUGUGUCUUACGCAAACAUGAGAAGACAGAUUGUCGUUCUAGGCUCCCUUAACGUGGAUAUGAUCUUCACAACGGACCGGGUUCCUGGUAUUGGGGAGUCGACGAAUGCUCUGAGUUUUGCGAGACUCCAUGGAGGCAAAGGGGCAAACACGGCCGUUGCUGCUUACCGCCUAAGCCAUAACAGACCAGAUCAUAGUAUUAAGAGAAUUUAUUUCCCGAGUAUAGAUCCUAGCCUCGCCUGCCGAACGGUGGAUACCGCCGAUUUCGACAUCCGAGUCGCCCUUCAUGGUGCCGUAGGGGGGGACGGAUAUGGAGCGCGUCUUAAAGAACAGUUAUCAGAGAUCGGUAUCGACGUGACUGGGGUGGAUAUACUUCCAGCAGAUGCCAGUGGUAUUUGCUGCGUGCUAGUUGAUUCGAAAACCGGUGAAAGCAGUAAUAUUGCGUACCAAGGCGCAAAUAUGAACUGGCAACCGAGUGAGGCUUUGAUGAGUAGCUUGUGCGGCAGCGACAAACCUGACCUUCUCAUCCUUCAUUUCGAUACUUCACUAGAAUCUGUAAGAAAGAUAUUGGAGACUACAUCAAAAUAUGGCAUCGAUACACUCUUGAACCCAUCUCCAGCGGAUUAUUUGGAUACUCGAAUAUACCACAAUCUCACGCAUCUCAUACUAAACGAGUCAGAGGCAAUGAAGCUAUCUAAAACGGAUAUCGGUCAGUUUGCUAUAGAAGCGGCGUGGCAGACGGCAGGGCGUUACUUCAUUAAACUGGGUGUAGAACACGUGGUUAUCACGCUGGGGGCCAAAGGAGCCUAUUAUGUUACGGCGAGUAAAUCGGGACUUGUGAGUCCCACAGAAGUGAUAAAUGUCGUAGAUACGACAGGAGCCGGGGAUACAUUCGCCGGGAUGUACGCAGUAGAAUACGUCAAAACGAAGAGACUUGGAAUUUGGGAUGUGGCUACGGCAGUAGGAAAGGCUUGUAAGGCAGCGGCCGUCACUGUUGAAAGGCUCGGAGCACAAGACUCAAUUCCGUGGUCAAAUUUUUACGAUGGACAAUAG